AUGAAUGCCAAGUCAAAAAAACUGUUUGAAAAAUCUUCUAAAUUGUCUCCGAUUAGUUUGGAAACACGUGAACAAAGCAGUCAAUCACAUCCGCUGACUAGAGACAUUUCAAAACGAUUACCAAAUAUUCCAACAAGUACUGAACAGAAUGAAGCUGCCAACGAUAUCGAAGCUAUGAGCAAUCUUUUAAUAGAAAUGCAGAAAGAAAAUGACAAAAGAAGUGAAAUGCUGAAUUCUGUUUUCGAUAAAAAUUUCGAUGGAAAAAUCAAAACCUGCAUCAAUACACGUGCUGAGAUGGAAACACGUGCAACAGCGUUUGAAACAAUAAUUCAGUCCGAAACACUUAUUAAAAAGCCAAUUAAGGAAAUCACGACCGAAAAUAUCUAUGAAGAAAUAUUUGGAAUCAAUUUGAGUCAAACAGGUUCAACAUCUGAUAAACUCAGAAUGUCACCAAUGCAACAAGUUGCUGAAGCGAGUUCCAACGCAUCACAACCACCUCGUAAUGCUGUGGACGUUGUAUCACCGAGUAAGGUGUCAUCCAACAAAAUCGAAAGCGAACAAAUCCUCACUGACCAAGCAGAGAACGCUGAUAAAAAAAUAACAAAGGGAUUCGGUGAGACAGCACUGACAAAAGUUGGUCAUUGGAGCAAGAGUGCUUUCAAUUUUUUCCGAACAAAGAAUGUUAAUUCAGGAAAAGAUGCAACAAUGCUUCGAAAGACUUCGGAAAAAACGUCAGAUAUUGAAAAUGACCGUUCCCGUAUAAAAGAAGCAGAAAUCGACAUAAUACCUCAAGAAAAUCUUAGGCGAACACGUUGGACUCGAAAGGUAAAAUCACGGAGUUAUCGUGAAACAAAAGGUCAGAAGCCUAAAAAAACACUUCGAAGAGGUGUAAAACAAAAACAACCAAAAAAAGUCGAAUCUGUUCCAAAAAUGCCUGCACCUACAGAACUUGGUAACACAAGUAAUGAAUUAAAAAAACAUGCAGCAAAGCUGACGGAAGCAAAAAAGAGAUUAAAAGAAAGAAACGCAAUCAAGUUUAACAAAAAGAAAAAAUCAAAUCUAAAAACAAAAGGAACACAUUCACAUAAAUAUGCUAGUCGCCAAGACUUCAUGGACGGCAAAAAGGAAACUAAGCAAAAUGUUGAAAAAUCAAAAAAAGCACUAGCAAAAUUAAGAUGA